AUGGUUAUCAACGUCGUUAGCGCCCAUGUGCCUUUCAGGCUUCUUGCGCUGUGCGAGUUUUUAUCGGUCGCGUCCGCGGCCUUGCUGACCACGCAACACACUUUGAUGCCGAGGUCCAGUAACAGGAGCUUCGCGACAGCAUCCUUCCUGACUGUGAGAAAGCCGCCUCGAGUUUUCCGAGGUGGUUUUGGCACUAACGAGACGGACGAUGACAGGGAUUCAAGAAUGGUGACGCAGAAGUGCGAUGAGACCGUAGUGGUCGACUCCUCUAGUGAGAAAAACGCCAUAUGCCCAGAAGAUUGUCCGUAUUACGUGCAAGAUAAGACCGAUGACAGGCAUUGUUCGUUCCGCUGCGUCCCCGCCGACCAGUGCACGAAGUACAAUCCGAAGGCGACCGUGGCAGACUCCUACGCGGGCGCCUGCAGGUAUCCCACGGCCAAUUUUUGCAGGGAGUACGACACAUCCGGCCAAGACAGAUGUGCCGUUUGCAAACGUCUCUUCACGCUCGACGAGCACGGCCAGUGCCACUUUACGUACUACCAGUUGCUUUACGCGCUGUUGGUGAUCCUCGCCGCGGCCGUAGUGCUGCUGUUGGUCAUCGUCGUCAAUAUGGGCUGUCGUGAAAAGACCAAUCCUAAUGGACUGAACGACGGCCUGCACUUCCGCACGGCCCAGAAGUUGCGCCAAAGGCGAGGCCCUGGAGGGCAGCGUGAGCAGUGGCCGCUGACGACGAACCUGAUGACGACCCCCGUCGCUGGCCCUGGCAUGACGCUGCACUUCAACUUCCAGAUGGCCAUCAUCGUUUGGGCCCUCGCGGUCGCUGUCGUGUGGGUGCUCAUCUCCUACAUCCAGGACCCUGUGUUGGGCCGCCUGCCCGACCUGAUGCGCCUCGGCACUCGCCGCUUCGGCAUGCCCCGCGAGAACUGCAUCAUGGUGGCGUGGGGCUACGAGACGCAGAUGAGGCUCAUGUGGAUCAAGAUUGCCUUCCUCGUCUUCGUGUACGUCUUCAGCUUUGCUCUUGCCAUCUACCACGGCGUCCGCCAGCUGCGCCUCUUCGAGCAGAUGGACCGCGACAACACCACCAUGACCGAUUUCGCCGUGCUGCUGUCGGGCCUGCCGCUACUCUCCGGCGCCGAGAGCCCCGAGAAGUUGAUCGCGCAGGCGGUCCAGGACGCGACGGGACAGGAGGUCGUCGGCGUGUCCGUGGCGUGGGACUUCCUGGAGGAUGAGGAGAAGGUGAUGAAGGAAGCGAAGGAGCUCGUAUACGAAAUCGACUACGGAAGGAAGACCCGCGACGAGCUGACAGUGAGUGACGUGCAGCUCGGCGGCUGGAAGAAGGCGGUGUUCGACCUGGAGAAGCAUUACCUGACGGAUGCCGAGCAGGGGGCUGAAGAGAAGGACGGGCCCCAGCCAGGUGGCAGCAAAGCCGAGCGAAUGAAGGCAUUCCUCGAUGAGCUCGGGACCACCGAGUUCGCCUUCGUGGUGUUCACGACGGAGGCUUGCCGCAACGAUGCCGUCCAGAGGACGAACGGCUCGUUCAAUUUCCGGGGGAACACGGUGAGGAUGGAGGCCACCAGGGCGGAGCCCGACACGGUGCAGUGGCAGAACUUCGGGCACUCGGACACUUGGAGUAUCGUCAGGCGCCUUGCGCUGGGCUUCUCCUACAUCUUGCUUGGCCUGCUGGUGUGGACCGUUGUCUUCUAUGGGCCGUACACGUGGUCAAUCUUCAAUUUCAACUACGAGAACGGGAACGAGCCGGGCUUCGUCUAUGGUUUCGCCUUCUCCAUGGUUGUUGUCGUCGGGAACGCGAUCAUGUACGAGAUCUGCGGGCGCGUUGCCGACAUGGUCGGGUUCCACUACAGGGACAACCGUGAGGCGUGCUACAUGAUCCUGUAUACGAUUGCCUGCACCUUCAACGUGCUGCUGGACCUGGUCACGACAUACUACAUGGUCUUCGAGAUCAGCAAGGGUCUGGGCUUUCGCACGUACCACGGCGAGAAGCUCUCGGACAUAGAUUCGUUCCCCGACCAGUUUGAAACGUAUUCCAUGCAGCGGCUAUUGGGGGAGAACACUUACGACUACGCGUUCCCCUCGACAAUGCUCAUUCCAUUUCUGAUCGAACCGUUUGUCACAAUAUAUGUGCCCCUGAAGUUGGGCGUUCUUCUCGUGCGGAGCCACCCUGAGCUUGUUGGUGGAUCUGCGGAGGAGUGGCUUGCAGCCAUGCCGAUGGACAUGGGCCGUUACGCGGACAUCCUGCUUGACGUGGUGCUCGCCGUGUUGGUCCUAUAUUUUCCGGGUGGCUGGACUUGGCAGUUAUAUUUCGCUUUGGUAGGUUGCCAUCUCCUGAUAUACGCUUUCGACCAUUGGAAAGUGCUUCGGAACAUCCCUGCCUGCACCUAUGCCAGCAUGGAUGUGGAUCGGUGCUCUCAGAUUAUGCUCGCACCGUGCGUCGGUGUGAUUGCAUCUUGCUUGGUCUUCAAAGCCAACUGCCAGGGCCACGGCUUCUGCUUAGAGGGAUAUGCUCUGCCCUUAGUAUGCAUUGCCGCCUUUGCUUUACACUGCGUGGUGCACGUUCUCCUUCUGGUGCACUUCGUUCCCACGUUCAGCAAGGACAUCGUCGGCGCGGACGCAGAGACAUGCACUUAUCGGGAGUGCGCGUCGAGCAUUGCUAGCAGCUGGUUCACAGCCAACCCCGUGCACUGCUUGCGAUCCAAGUACACAUUCGAGGACACUCCUGCAUGCACGUACUUCAUGCCCGGGAAGGAGCAUUGUCAGGAGGUAAAUGAGAAGAUCGGUGUGUUUUUCUCCACCUCCCCGGUAGAGAUGGAGGAUUACGACGACUCUUCACCCUUCGCGCAGGUGUCUGAUGCCUUGAAGCGGGGAGCGUCGCGGCUCUUGUCGAAGAGCCCUCGCGAGACGGUCCCCGAGGAUACUGCGCCUCCCAAGUAG